AUUGCAGCCUCCACUCGCAGUCAUGGCUGUGUUGAUUUUGAUAUCCUUAUUUCCAUAGUUUCUUCCCUCAUUCACUCUCUUCUGCAAUUCUAUUAUUAGUAAGUGAUAAUGCAUUAUCCACCCACCACCCUUCACAUUCUGCCUGCAAUUUUCUGCUUUCAAAAUUCAGAAAUAUCCAAAUUUAAUCAUCAAUCCUCCGAUUAUUCCCCUUUCCGAAUAAUUAAAUAAGAAAUCCUGACAUCUAUUGAUCAUCCGCACAAAGCAUUUGGCUCCUAGCUACUUGCCCUGUAUAUUUUCCAUGCAACUACUUCUUGUGGUGAACGUUUGUCCAAGUUUUCCAAUGAAGAAAAGCGGCAAAAUGGGGUUUUCCUUGUGAUCUGGCGUCGUUUCGUGAUUUGUGUUUGAAAUUCCCAAAUGUCUGUUCAACAAGAGAAUGGGGAAUCUGAAACCGAAAACGUUGCAGACGCAGCAGCUUCUUCUCUUCACGACCUUCUAAAAUUGGAAACCUGGGAGGAUAGCCCAAAGAAAUCACAGCCAUCUUCUCUCUGUGCCAGAAAGAGGCUGGAGAGUAUAUUAACUGAAGCUGGCAAUGAUUUUUGUGCCGAUUGUGGAGCUGCAAAUCCAAAAUGGGUAUCCUUGACCAUUGGAGCAUUCAUAUGUAUAAAGUGCUCUGGCGUACAUAGAAGCCUCGGAGUGCAUAUAACAAAGGUUUUGUCUGUGAAGCUUGAUGAGUGGACAGAUGAGCAAGUUGAUGCCUUAAUCGAGAUGGGAGGAAACAAUGCCGUAAAUUUCAAAUAUGAAACCAACAUCCCUGAAGAUUACAGAAAACCAAAACCAGGUGCAUCUGUAGAGGAACGUGCUGAUUUCAUAAGGAGAAAAUAUGAGCUUCAACAGUUUGUUAACAAAGAAUUACCAACAUGUUUGCCUUUUCCAUCGUCAACUUCAGCAUCCCAUAGCGGUUCUACCAGUUGUUCUUCUCAAUCAGGAACCGAGAAGAAACACUACAAAAAACAAACCACUGCACGCAUUCAUGGUCUGGGGAACGCAUUUCGUUAUAGCUGGAAACGAGAGCACAAGGCAACAAAGAAAAGCAACACAAUGGCAGGUAUGGUUGAAUUUGUAGGAUUGAUUAACGUCAAGAUUGUGAGAGGCACUGACCUAGCUGUCCGGGAUAUGGUCUCUAGUGACCCGUAUGUCGUCCUCAAUCUCGGAAAUCAAUCUAUGAAGACACGAGUCAUAAAGAAUAACCUCAACCCCGUGUGGAAUGAAAAACUAAUGUUGUCAAUACCAGAGGAUAUUCCUCCCCUUAAAUUGCUAGUAUACGACAAGGACACCUUCUCAACAGAUGACUUCAUGGGAAGCGCUGAGAUUGAUAUUCAACCACUUGUCUCUGCUGCAACAGCGACAGAGUCUUCGUCAACUAGUGAACCAAUGCAGCUGGGAAAUCAGAAAGCAAGCAAAGAGGAGAAUAUGAAAGCAUGCAAAGAGGAGAAUCGGAAAGCAAGCAAAGAGGAGAACACCGUUGCAAGAGAUGGUGCCAUCAUCUUAGAAGACGGUAAGAUCAAACAGCAAAUUGCUGUUAGGUUGCAGAAUGUCGAGAGUGGAAUAUUGGAGAUUGAGCUUGAAUGCAUGCCUCUCAUACAAUAGCUGCAGAAUGUAGCUUCUUAGCAAGUUAGUCACCUAUAUAUAUUUGGCCCCUUUUGCUUAAUCUGUUAAUAGAGAAUUAAUCUCAGAAAUUGUGUAUGUCAUGUGUUGUAGAAUUGUAAGAAAGAGUGGUGCAAUGACGUGGCAUCGACUUGUAGCACUGGAUCGUUGACUUCUCUUGCUAAACUCUAAUUAAAUAUGAAGAAAAUAAUUUGCUCUACUUUUA